AUCCUGCCAAUAAAGAUUAUAUUAUUGGAAAUGGUGGUAUCCAAAAAAUAGAAAAAAAUUUAAGUAUAAAUGAUGACAAUAUAAUACUUUCCUGUAUUACAACUCUUAUGUACUUGUAUGCUCCAGAAAUAAAAACAGGUUUUUGAACAAUGAGAGUGCCAAUGAAGAUAGCACGUUUAUUUUCUACAGCUUCAUUCAAACCUAAGUUAGAACUUUUAAGCAAUAAAAGUCUAAUACAAAUCAAUGGCGAUGGCAUGUAUGAUUAUUGCCAGGGUUUGAUGACUAAUGAUAUUUUCAAACUAAAAACUGAAAAAUCUUUAUAUUCUAUGAUAUUGAAUUCAAAAGGCCGUGUGUUAUAUGAUUGUUUGAUUUAUAAAGUGGAUGAUAAUAUACUACUGGAAUGUGAAAAAGAUGUUGCAAGUGACUUAAUCAAAUACUUAAAAAUGUACCUACUAAGAAGAAAACUCAAUAUUAACAUAUUAGAAAAUACUAGUGUUUGGGCAUUAUUCAGUUCGACGCCUCUAGACAUGAAACUGAAUUCUGUCAGUGUUUUUAAUGACCCACGUCUGCCCAUUUUAGGUCAAAGAAUUAUCUCUGAUAAGACUUCAGGCAUUAGAAAUGAAAUAUUUUUGGACGAACGUGAUAACAAAUUUACUUAUCAACAAUGGAGAUAUUCAAAUGGUGUUGCAGAAGGCAAAGAAUUACUAAAAGGGCUAUCUUUUCCAUUAGAAAUGAACUGUGAUUAUUUAAAUGGUAUAAGCUUUAAUAAAGGCUGCUAUGUUGGACAAGAACUGACGGCAAGGACUUAUCAUACUGGAAUUACAAGGAAAAGAAUAAUGCCUUUAGUUUUUGAUGAUACGCCCACCGGAUUGGAUUUGAAUGCUGAUAUUUACAAUGAAUCUGAUUUAGGUGCUAAAAGACCACCUGGAAAAUUGAGAGGAUUGUGUGGAAAAAUUGGUAUUGCACUUUUAAGAAUUGAUGAAUGUUUAAAAGUAGAACGAUUAAUUGUGGGUGGAUUCACAGCUAAGACAUUUAUUCCAAAUUGGUGGAAAACAUAGUACGGUUUAGUCAUGUUGAGUAAAUUUAGAUAUACAAUGUAGAAUAUUUUAUAUACAUUAUUAUACAUUAUACAAUUGAAUUUCUUAAAACUACUGUGAUAAUUAAUAUA